CCCCCAAAAAGAAAACAAUCCCGGUUCGCUUCUUUUAAUGCCCGCUCCUUUCGCUUUCGCUUUGCUUUGCAUUUGGCUGCUGGGUCGGUGUUGCGAGAGGCCUACUACUACGCCUGAGUAAACGCUCGGCUGGAGACGAUUUUGUAAGACUUAGCGGUUUUCCUAACUGCGUUCCCCGCUUCUCCUUGGAGGGGGUGGGCUGCGGCGUUGUUGCUUGGAGCGCUUUGCAGAUGCGAUCGCUGUUUUCCCUUCGAUUCCUUCGUCUCUGUCCAGCGCAGCGAGAUUCCUGCGAACUGACCGCCUCCUUUCUUGAAUGCAGUUGCAGCAGUUCUACCCCCCCCCCGUGCCCCAAUCUCCGAAAUGCAUUCGUCAGAACGAUGCUCUCUCCCCCUGCUUUGUUAGACGGCUGUGAUUUCCUUUAAUUGCAUCUUGGCCAUUAAAACUAGUGCGGCUCAAAUUUGGAAAGAGGGGAAGAAGUUGAGUACCUAACAUGUAUUUUCCACCAAACCCUCUUUUGCUGUUUGCUUGCUUUGCUUGAUAAUGUUCCAUCAAGUGGUUUUCCACUCAUAAAACAUCAGUAUUUAAGAAAUGGCUUGACAGUCUUGUUUUAAAGUGACUGAGUCGCUGGAGCGCCCCUGUAUCACUUCAGAAAGUCACAACCCUCUAGUCUAGAAGAAAAUUGACGGGAAUCUGAAGUCCAGGUUGACGAGACACACCACUAAUCUGGAUCCUGCGGCGGUGGAAAUAAGAGUUCUCAAAAACCACAAUUGAAUCUGGGGAGUUUGGCGGUGGGGAAAUUCCCCAGGAACAAACAUUGAGUGGUGGCAGACAGCUUUGAUUGCAUUCCAGAUGCACAGAGUGAAAUGUCAGGUUGAAUUCUCCUGAGACAACUUGAGCAUCUGUAGACAUGUCAUCACCACAAAUGACUCAACGGACUCACUUCUUUUUCCUCCUCAUAUGGAUUUCUUGCAUCUCAGUGACAAGUGGUGUCAAAAACGUGAUUCCAGAGUUAAGUCCCCAGGAAUAUUUUAGCAGCUUGCAAGCAUCGAAAGCAUCUUUGGUUUAUUUUCAGAAGGAUGUUUCACCAUCUAGUGAGGUAUUCUUGGAACAGCUGGAGAACUCCAGAGAAGCUCUCCAAGAUUAUGGGAUUUCUAUCUUAAAGAUUAACUGCCAAGGAGGAGAAGCAUCCAGCUACUGCAGAGGAGAUAACUCCUUGGGAAAAAUAUACCUAUUCAGGGACCGUGUGUUAAUUCGUGAACUUGCCAUAGAUGCCUUGUUCAGCUUGGAUGCCAUUGUGGCAAAUGUACUUUUCGCUCUCCUCUUCAAUGAAGUAAAAUACAUUUCAACACUGAUGAACCUUCAGCAUUUAGAAAACUCUCUGAAGCGCCAGUCCGAUCUUGCUUUCGCAUAUGUGCAAGCAAUUGGGACAGCAGAGCACCGAGUCUUCAUGGAGGCUGCGUUCGUUUAUGGCUCAAUUAAGUUUGCCUUAACUACCGAAGUGGCAGUUCUGAAGAGCAUCCGCUAUGAAGAGCCAGAGGUGCCAUCUUCAAAACUCUUCUUUUGCCACUGUAAAGUGGCCAUGGAUCCUGAACUGCCAUGCCGCAGGACUCUGAUGGAAGAGCCACUGACUACGUUAAGCAUCCACAAGUUCCUGAAGUUGAUGGGGGAACCUCUGGUGGUGGAGGUUGCAGAAGAUCCUGAAAAGAUUUCAACUACUCAUCUCCAGCUUGGCCUACCACUGAUUUUCAUUCUGAGCCAGGAAGAGACCUUGGAAGCGGACAAGAGGAUUGCUGAAUCUGUAGCCUGGCAGUUGCUGGGGAAAGCAGGAGUCUUCCUUUUGUCAAGGAAUUCUGUUGGUCUGGAAAUUUCUUCCCUAUAUAAUGUGGCUAUCAAGACAGUUGAGGAGGAUAUGCCUGUUAAAUACCUCACAUUGAAAGAUGCAGAUGAAAUUGUAGCAUUGCUGAAAAAUGGCGAGCAGAGCAAACCUAGUCUGGAUAAUAAGGAAGAAGAGAUUUAUGAAGAGGAAGAGGAUGAGGGAGUGGAGAAUGAGAACAAUGAACAAGAUAUUCAGGAUGAUGAGGUGGUGGAAUCUGUUGUCAGAGAUCGGAAGCGUGAACUCCACCAGGAACACAUCCGUACCUUGACAGAAGAAUCCUUCCUCUCAAUUCUGGCAGGCACCAACCACACAGCAGUGCUCUUCUAUGCCAGCUGGGAAGCUGUAUCUCUAGUGGUUAUGCAGUCUUUCCUUGAAGUUGCUGCUCAGUUGAAAGGGACUCCUGAGAUUUCACUUGCAAGGGUAAACUGUUGGGAUUGGCCACACCUUUGCUUGCAGGAAAAUGUCACCCAAUUUCCUAUCAUGAAGAUGUAUACAAAAGAGAGGGCAUGGCUGGCUUACUCUGGGAUGUGGGAGACCAAAGAGAUGAUGAAGUUCAUUGAAUUAAGCAGAAAUUCUUGCCCAGUGAGAUUGAUGACGCCUGAAGAAAUAGAAGAAUAUUUAAGUGACAAAACCUUACCACAUCGCACUGUUUCUGUAUUGGGAAUAUUUGACUCAAGCAUGAGUGAAGCAAGAGAGGCUUUUAUUGAAGCUGGAAGAAUCUUAAAUGGAUAUGUCACAACAGGGAUCUACUAUGAAGAGGAUGCUACAAUUCUCUCCCAUAAAUAUAAUGUACCUCUUCCAGCACUUCUGUUUGCUAAGUCUGCCACUCAGCAAAGGAAUGCCUUCCAGCUCUCGCAGUAUAACACGCAAGACAUUGUUAAAGUAAUCCGCCAUGCAUUGCUGGAAACAUUUCCAGAGAUCACCGUGGAAAACCUGCCUGAUUACUUCCAGAUGAAGAAACCUUUGCUCAUUUUAUUCAGUGACGGGGAUCCUGGCGAAAGGGAAAUAGAAGAGAUUAAGCAUGUGGCUAUUGGCGAGGACCACAAAACCUUUAUUGCUUGCUGGCUAAACCUUAAGAACACACCCGUAGGCAGAAGUAUUCUGAAGGCUUAUUUUGGAAACUCGGUUCCCCCUGUGCCACUCCUCCUCUGGAUCAACUUUCAUUCUGGAGGCCAUGUCUUCGUCUUUCCAUCAGACCAGUCAAUUUCUGAAACAAGUAUUCUUGCUUGGAUUGAAAAACUAAAGACCAAGCAAGAAGCACCGAGAGCUACCUUGUCUGAGAAAGAGUGGAAGCCCCGCCUUCCUGCCUAUGACUUCCUGAGUAUGAUGGAACCCACCCUGCCUGAAUUUACUAUUUAUGCUCAAGAAAGUAUAAGUAUCCAUCAGGAGGAGAUCCUAAGAGAAACAAAGGCAGAAGCUGCAGUGACAAAGAAGCCCACAGAAGACUCCACCCUGGAGGAACUGAAGCCAAAGAAACCAACUGGAAGGGUCUUACGGACAGCUCCACAUCUGGGAGCAAAGGAGAAGCAGGCUAAGCACCAUUCAGAGUUAUAAAGUAAUGUCAGAUCUCUGGAUAGUUUUGGAAGUAGAGGAUAGGAUAAUGCAGAGGUCUAGAGACAGCAGUUAACAUUUCAUUAAUAUUUAUUGAAGACAGGUGUGUGAUGGUGCAAUGGUUAGAAUGCAGUAUUGCAGGCUAACUCUGCUGUCAUCCUGACCGGCUCAAGGUGGACUCAGCCUUUCAUCCUUCUGAGGUCAGUAAGUCAACCCUGAUUGUUGGAGACAA